AUGCCGCUAAGACACAGGGCCAAGAUCGUGGUCGCCGCCGAGGAGUAUCCGCCCCAUGCCUUUGUGCUUCUGCUUGGGGGGACCGACGGCCGUGGUCAGCCCAGGUUCACCAUCACGGGGCCCAAAGGGCAAAAUUGCUCGAAAAAUUUUAGACUUCCCGAAUUUACAUACACCUACGUCCGGCCGCCAGACGGGGCGUGGGGAGCGAAGCAGCCGGACGGUUCCUUCAGGGCCCUGGGGGCCCUGCCCCCUCUGCCCCCGGGAAAAGGGGGAUGGGGCGGCUUUCCUUGGGAGGCGGACAGAGAAAAAACUGAAGCGGACAUCGGGCUGGGUCCCUUCGGCGUGAGCGCCAGCCGCGCAGAGGUCGUGGACUACACGGGCUUCAUCGUGAUCGACUACGCGAGGAUCAUCGGCGGGCGAGGACGUUCCGAGGUCGACCCAUGGGGCUUCCUCCUGCCCCUGGCGCCGGAGGUGUGGCUGGGCGUGGCGGUCAUGACGGCGCUGGCGAUGGCAACGGCCGCGGUUCUCACGGGGCUGUCGGAGCGGUUUUCGGCCGGGCGGCGGUCGGCCGGCUUGUGCUUCGGCAUCGUCAGAGUGCUCCUGAUUCAAGACGCGAAGGUGCUGCCGGAGCGGCGGUGGGAGCGCGUGCUGCUCGCCGGCUGGAUGAUCGUGACGCUGGUGACGGUGAAGAGCUACGCGGGGAACCUCAUGUCCCUCCUGGCGGUGCGUCACAUCCCGCAGCCGUACCAGUCGGUCAGGGACGUCCUCGAUGACGCCUCCUGCACCAUGAUCUGGGAGACCAAUAACGCCUACAUUCAGUACAUGAACAGCCUAACUUCCGGAACAUUCUACGAGGUCGCACAAGCCGGGAGAAACGGCCGGAUCAUCUACAAGAGAAGCACCGACUUCAUGGAGGCUGUGGAGACCCUCGUGAGAAGGGGCGACCACGUCCUGAUGGUGGAGGACCUCACCGCCAGGGUCUUCUUGGGCAAGGACGUCUCCAGCACCGGUCGCUGCGACUUCUACCUCUCCCGCGAGGUCUUCCUGCCCUUCAUCUUCGCCAUGACGGGCCAGAAGAACAGUCCGCUUGUCCCGGCGCUCAAUCGAAGGAUACGUGCCGUGACGGAGUCCGGCCUGUACGAGCACUGGAUGCAGGGCGCCAUCCCCAACUCCACCACGUGCGCCAACGCCCCCUCCAAAAUCACGGUCAACACGACCCUUGGGCUCUCCAAUCUCUGGUUGAUGUUUGCAAUUCUACUUGGAGGCCACGCCAUCAGCUUGAUCGUCCUUCUCUUGGAGACCUUUUGGAACAAGAUGAAAUAG